AUGGCAUCCCGCAGGUCGAGAUCUCCAUCGACUCCCUCAGAGGGUGAGAUUGUCGAAUCAGGUUCAGAGACGAAGAAGGCAACUACGUCGCAGAAUUCCGUUAAUGACAACAUUGUUAACCGUCGCGCCAGACUCAGUCCGUCGGACUCUGCCUCUUCCAGCAGCUCGGCCGGGAGACGUCGGUCUCGAUCGCGUUCGCCUUAUCAUCGACGCGGUGAGAAGCGUCGACGGUACGAUGAUUAUGACAACGACCAACGAUACUAUCGCGGUGGGUCACAUCACGCUCGCUACGAGUCGAGAUCUUCCGACUACGAUCGCCCGGGUUAUGACGCCUCCCGGCGCCGCAGGCCUUAUCAUGACUAUGAUCGGGACGACGGCUACAGCGGCGGGCUCCGGUACACAGACGAUUAUGAAAGGCGCGACAAGCGGCAGAGGACGCGGAGCCGGUCGCCUGCAAUUCGCGAUACACGAAGGCCCAAGAAAUAUGAUGAUUCGGAUGUAAAGGAGUCGCCCAGGGUGACUUUUGCAGAACAGUCAGUGAGCGAACGGGGGAAACCCCCAGCGGUCGCUCAAAGUGUGAAAGUAGAAACUGAACGAGAGCAUCAGGUGCAGGCUCCUAGCUCCAAGGAGGCUCAGAAAAUGCAUGAGUCGGCAGAUCAAACUCCCGAAGAACCGGCAGAGCCCGUGGAUGAGGCUGCGCGUCUCGAAGCUCGACGGAAGCGGCGCGAAGCUAUCAAAGCCAAAUAUCGGACCCAGGACGAUCUACGUAUACAAGCAUUACACCAAGGAGCCGGUUCGCAGCCGACUCCGGGUACUCCGGGUACUCCGAUGAGCAUGACCGACUCGCCAAUGUCUCCCGUUGUGGAAACUCCAAACGAAACCCCUGGAUCUGAAUUUACAGUCACCAAAGAUGAGGAUCUUGCUAAUGGUAACCAGCCCAUGAAUGGGACCGAGAAAGACGAGCCGUCGGCAGCAGACUACGAUCCUACGCAGGAUAUGCGAGAAGAACGCCAGAGGCAUGACCAGAGAAAUUUGGAAGACGAAGUAUCGGCAACUGCAUACGACGAAACCGAGGCUACUACGCAAGAUGUUCUCAUCCCCGAUUCUCCGCGACCUGCUCCGGCCAACGAUGGGUAUGACAUGUUUGCAGAGGACGAUGACGAUAUGUUUGCACCAGAGACAGAAGGAAAGCCAGCACAUGCCAGCGCACAGGCGAUCCCCAAGGCACAGGAACUCGAUAUGACCAUGCUAGACAAUUGGGACGAUCCCGAGGGAUACUACAAUGUCCGACUGGGUGAGUUGAUCAACGGACGAUAUCACGUCCACCAGAUUCUCGGCAAGGGUAUGUUUUCAUCGGUGGUACGGGCUACGGAUUCCAAGACAGACAAGCAUGUGGCAAUCAAGAUUAUUCGACAAAAUGAUACGAUGCGAAAAGCGGGGCUGAAGGAGAUACAGAUUCUUGAGCAGCUACUGGCGAGUGACCCGGAGGAUAAGAAACACGUCAUCCGGUUUGAGCGGUCCUUUGAUCACAAGGGCCACCUGUGCAUGGUGUUUGAAAACCUCAGCAUGAACUUGCGAGAAGUUUUGAAAAAGUUUGGACGCGACGUGGGGCUGAACCUCCGUGCUAUUCGGGCGUAUGCACAACAGAUGGUUUUAGGAUUGAGUCUUUUACGCAAGUGUGGGAUCUUACACGCGGACAUAAAGCCGGACAAUCUACUGGUGAAUGAGGGUCGGAGUGUGCUAAAGGUGUGCGAUCUGGGAUCUGCAUCGCCGGCGUCAGAGAACGAGAUCACUCCAUACCUGGUGAGUCGGUUCUACCGGGCGCCGGAGAUUAUACUAGGGAUUCCGUACGACUACGCGAUUGAUAUGUGGUCUGUGGGGUGCACGUUGUACGAGCUGUACACCGGCAAGAUCCUAUUCACGGGACGCAACAACAAUCAGAUGCUACGGUCAAUCAUGGAAUGCCGGGGCAAAUUCCCGCCGAAACUACUACGCAAGGGCUCACUGGCAUCGAUGCACUUUGACGAGAUGCUCAACUUCCACAGUACGGAGGAGGACAAGAUCACGGGACGGGUGGUAACGAAAAUGCUUGAUUUCAAAAAGCCAACGCGCGACCUCAAGUCCCGGCUGAUGGGGAAGGGAGCAAAAGGCAUGGACGAGAGCGAGGCUCGCGAGGUUGCGCAAUUUGUGGAUUUGCUGGAUCGGUGUCUGAGCCUGAAUCCGGAGAAGAGGUGUACGGCGGUGGAGGCGUUGAAGCAUCCGUUUAUGGCGCGGCGCUCGGGCAAGGCACCAGCCGAAGGGGGAGGUCUGGGCUUGUUGGUGGUGGAGACGCAAGUGAGCUCAGAUGAUCUGAGGAGAUUGACUAACAAUUUCGACUGGAGAACCACCAUGAUGUACCAUCCCACCAUGCUGCCGACGCCACCUGCGUCGCCACCACUGCUCCGCUGCUAUGCCCCAGAGGACCGUUUGGGAAUGCUACUUGCCAACCGUCUGGAGCUGACCAGCAUUCUUGGCGUCGGUGCCUAUGGAGUCGUCUACACUGCCGUCGACAUUCAAACCCAGGUCCCCUAUGCCGUAAAGGCCCUGAACAAGACCGGACUCGACGCCCGACAGCGCAAGUUCCAGCAGCGUGAAAUCAGUCUCCACCACCAGGCCAGCCGACACCCUAAUGUUGUCUCUCUCGUCCGCAUCAUGGAUUCCGUGGAUUGUACCUUUGUUGUUAUUGAGUUUUGUCCCGAGGGUGAUCUCUUUACCAGUAUCACGGAGCGCGGCCAGUUUGUCGGAAACGACCCAUUAGCCAAGCGUGCCUUUCUUCAGAUCCUGGAUGCCGUUCAGUUUUGCCACUCCAUUGGAAUCUACCACCGCGACCUGAAGCCGGAGAACAUCCUCGUCGCUGACGGUGGCAUGACCGUCAAGCUCGCCGACUUUGGCCUGGCUACCACCGAGUGCUAUACCACGGACUUUGGCUGUGGAUCGACCUUUUACAUGUCGCCAGAAUGCCAGCAGACAAACCCUCGACCAUGCUCGGGCUAUGUGUCCCCUAUCAAUGACGUCUGGAGCCUGGGUGUCAUCCUGGUCAACCUGACCUGCGGCCGCAACCCUUGGAAACGCGCUUCCACAGAGGACACAACUUUCCGUGCAUACCUAAAGGACCCAGAGUUUCUGCGAUCCAUCCUGCCCGUGUCCUCGGAGCUGAAUGUUAUUCUGCGCCGCAUUUUUGAAUGCGACCCUGCGAAGCGUAUUACCAUACCGGAGCUGCGUCAGUUGAUUCUGGAAUGCCCUCGCUUUACCGUUCCUGCCGUCCCUAGGAAGUCUGGACACCCCGAGGAGCUGCCUCCAUGCAUCUUUUACCCAUAUGCCCAGGGACCCCCUGCGGCUUUGCUGUAUUCUCAGUACUCGGACUCUGCCAUUUCGGACACUUCGCUCACCGACAACGAAACCAUCUCGUCUGUCUCGUCCAACUCGGACUAUGCCUCGGAGAGCGAAGUCGAUGGCUUCACUGUUGUUGAUCCACAGGUUUCUGCUGAUUUCUGGGACGUUCCUGGUCAUAUGCCUGGUACCGCUGGCAAGUUUGCGCUUCCUAACCAAAUGGUACCGGUGUAUUAA